AUGGGCACCGUGGGGGAGGACUCACUCGCCCUGGACCCGGUGAGGCCGGCGGCAAACCUCCUGCAGGUGGGAGAGUUCUAUCGGAACGCCACGGUCCUCGUCACCGGCGGGACCGGCUUCAUCGGUAAGGUGCUGGUCGAGAAACUGCUCCGGUGUUUUGAGGUUAGGAAAAUCUUUCUCCUCAUCCGACGCAAAGGCAACGUGGGACCCGCCGAGCGACUGCAGCGCAUGCUUGAAGGACCGAUUUUCAACACCAUUCGGUCCGCGCUGCCGGACGCCGGUGAGCGGCUCGCGAAGGUUGUUGCGAUCGAGACCACCUUCGAGCAGACGCCGAUCGUCGACGAGAUUGAUCGUAUCAAGUUGUGCAACGAGGUGCAGAUCGUUUUCCAUGUGAUGGCAUCGAUACGCUUCGACGAAGCAUUAACCGAUGCGUUCGCCAUGAAUGUCACCUCGGCCCAGCGGCUUUACAGACUGUCCGGCGGUAUGUCGAACCUGCGUGCCAUCGUACACGUGUCCACGUUCUACUCGAACUGCAACCGGAGUCACAUCGAGGAGCGCAUCUACGACGACGUGCCGUUCGGUGGCCUUGACCACAUCCGGCACUUCCUGGGCAAGCUGAGCGGCGACGAGAAACACCGGCUCACGAAGCUCAUCCUUGGCGACAUGCCCAACUCGUACGUGUUCAGCAAGAAGUGUGCUGAGGGGAUGGUCGCCCGCGAGUUUAGCGACCUGCCGAUCGGGAUCUUUCGGCCACCGAUCGUGAUUUCCGGCUACCGGGAACCGGUGCCCGGUUGGGUCGACUGCUUCCACGGAGCGACUGGGUGUUGGGUACCACUGGUGCUCGGCAAAACCUGGUGGUUUUACGGCGACCCUAAAGUGAAGCCGUUCAUGUCACCAGUCGAUCACACGGUCGCCGGGAUGCUGACGGCCGCGUGCGACAUCUAUCAGCGCAAAAACAGUAUCCUGCCACUGGAAAAGCCCGUCCCAGUGUAUAACUUUACGUUCGAGAAGAACGCCUUCUCGUACGCAGAGUACGUGGAGCUGGUCAGCUCAGGAUUCAGCAAUCCGCUUCACAGAUGGAUGAGUCUCAUCAAAUUUCGAAUCAGCCCGUGGAGGAUAUUUCCCCAGAUACUGCUGUGGCUGUCAAUGCUUCAAGCACGCAUUGCGGACGAGAUUUUGGCAUGGUUCGGCAAACGUGGAAGUAACGUAAAAAUCUGCUCGGCCAUCAACAACCUGUCGAAAGCGGUUGAGUACUUCCGGCUGCACAUGUGGAGCGCCGAUAAUGGCAACGUGCGACGCAUGCUCUCGAUGCUGUCCCCCGAAGACGCCCAGCUACUCGAGUUUGACGGUGAUCGGAUCGAUUGGCGCGACUACCACAAACACUUUAUUGAGGGCAUCAGCAUGGAGUUGAUGCGCAAAAAUCAACGCAGGCGACAGCAACGCCCAAAGGCAGCGUAG